AUGGGCUUCAUCUCGAAGCGUCUCAGACUCAUCUGUACAUUCCUUGUUUCUUUGUGCCCUUCCACAGGAACCGGGAUCCUGUCGUCACAGCCAGAAGAAAACCCCCACUGGUGGAACGCAAACAUGGUAUUCAUCCCUUAUUGCUCAAGUGAUGUUUGGAGCGGUGCCUCUUCCAAGUCUGAGAAAAAUGAAUAUGCCUUCAUGGGAGCCCUGAUCAUCCAGGAGGUUAUAAAGGAGCUGGUGGGAAAAGGUCUUAGCACUGCAAAGGUGCUGCUGCUUGCAGGGAGCAGUGCUGGAGGGACGGGAGUGCUCCUCAACGUGGACCGAGUGGCAGAGCAGCUGGAGGAGAUGGGUUACCAAGGGAUUCAGGUUCGAGGUUUGGCAGACUCCGGAUGGUUCCUGGAUAAUAAACAGUAUCGCAGAACCGACUGUAUUGACACCAUAACGUGCGCUCCAACAGAAGCCAUCAGAAGAGGAAUAAGGUACUGGAACGGUAUCGUACCCGAACGCUGUAAGCUGCAGUUUAAAGAGGGAGAGGAGUGGAACUGCUUUUUUGGAUACAAGAUUUACCCCACUCUUCGAUGUCCUGUCUUUGUUGUCCAGUGGCUCUUUGAUGAGGCCCAGCUUACUGUAGACAACGUGCACCUCACUGGCCAGCCUGUUCAGGAGGGGCAGUGGCUCUACAUCCAAAAUCUGGGUAGGGAGCUGAGAAACACCUUGAAAGAUGUGACCGCUAGCUUUGCUCCUGCCUGUUUGUCUCAUGAGAUCAUUACACGCAACCACUGGACGGACAUCCAGGUGAAGGGGACGUCGUUACCCCGGGCCUUGCACUGUUGGGAUCGGAGCCUCCACGAGAGCAACAAAAAUGGGAAAGCCCCUCUGAAAGGCUGCCCCAUCCACCUGAUCGACAGCUGCCCGUGGCCCCACUGCAACCCCUCCUGCCCCACCAUCAGGGACCAGUUCACGGGGCAGGAGAUGAACGUCAUCCAGUUCCUCAUGCACAUGGGCUUCGACGUUCAGAAGAUGGCACAGCAGCAGGGCCUGGAGCCCAGCAAACUCCUGGGGAUGCUCAGCAGCGGUAACUAGGAAGGGGGCUGCAGAGGGGCAGAGCGAUGAGAUUGGGGGGAGACUCCAAGCCCUUCUCCCACACUUCCUAAUCUUCUUCCUUACGCUCAUGCAGGCAGACGCACGCUCACACCCACGCAUGCUCACACCUGUACAACCCACGUGCUCCCACACUCUCGCACACUUAGGAUGUGUCAAGGAAAAAAAAAAAGAAAAAAAAAAAAA